UAGAACUCUAACAGGUGACUUGCAUAGGACUUGCAUGCGAUGCAUUUGAUGUAUACACGCAUGUAGUAGGUACGUGUAAGCACUUCAAUACUUCUUCUCUGGGUACUUGCUCGAAAGAAACCAAUUCGUCACAUCUGUUGCAGAUAAGGUUUCGAGAGAAGCAAUUCGUUCCAUCUCUGUCAGAUAAGGUCUCGAAAGAAGCAAUUCGAUCCAUCUGUUGCAGUUCUCAAAGACAACAUCUCUUCAAACCCUGAAGAAACAAUUGCUUCUGUAACAGUUAAGUCAUGUCAGCACACGAUGACUCUGCUGAACAUGAGACAAAGUUAACAACUUCCACUGAUGCAGUUCGUAAACAAGACGCGGAUUACGGCAGCAUCGGCCGCACCAGACCUACUCCUAGACGACAUGGCUACGUUGCCGUGGAGGUCAUCGCUCUCCUGUACUUCGGAAACGCGUUCUAUCUGAUAUCCCAUCAACAGUUCUACCUCCGUGAGAGGGCAAAGCUCGAGUACGAUAUCAAUCAUUUCAAUGAGAGUCACAAGAGCAACAACACAGCCCGAGAGAACGCCAUACAAACCAAAGCUACUACUGAUUUGAUGAUCAUUACUCUAUGCAUGAUUGUACCUGCUAGUAUAACUGCUCUCUUGAUGGGGGGACUCUCGGACGUUUUUGGGCGGAAGAUGCUAAUGUAUCUCUCACUAACUGGGGCAAUGAUUUAUUGUAUCAAUGUUGUUAUUGUUGUUCGGUACAGUUUAAGCGUCUACUUCUUGUGUAUUGGAGUAGUGGCAUAUGGAUUGGGAGGUGCCUUUGCAACAAUGAUGACAGCUUUGUUUAGCACUGUAGCGGACAUUACUGAACCAGGGGAUAGGAGAUCAUGGCGUAUGAUUCUGCUCUCCUUCAUCCUGUUCCUGGCCUCUGCUCUUGGAGCGUCUAUUAGUGGAAUCUGGAUUGACAGAGCCGGCUACCUACAACCACUAUAUCUUAGUGUUGCUCUCGACAUUGCAAUGUUUUUGGUGGUCAUACUGUUAAUUCCAGAAACGCACCAGACAGCGACAUCAAAAUAUGUACUGAAAGAAAAUUUAUCGAUUAUUAAAAAAGGAUUUAACUUUUACUUCGCCCCGUCAAAAAACCGCACGUUAGUCAAUUUGUGCCUCGUGACGUUCUUCACUUCCUUUGCUGUGGAUUAUACGAAACAGAUGAUCCUGAACCUGUUCCUGCUCACCCGCCCCUUCUUCUGGUCGACGACCCAUAUCACUCUGUACUCUGCCGUUAGGGUGUUGCUGUCUUGGUUCAUCAUUUUAUUCACCACGUGGUGUCUCAGACGAUUCAUGUCCGGCCUCAGCAUGGCUCUCGUUGGUGUCCUGUCAAACAUCGUGUCACUUCUUCUCACCGCGGCCAGCACCAACGACGCCAUGAUGUACGUAGCGGGUGUGGCUAGCUUAUAUGCCCAGGCAACGGGCCCUAUAAUGAGGGGGUUUAUGUCUAGUCUCGCAGCACCUGACCAGCAAGGUUCCGUGUUUUGUGUGAUAGAGCUAAGCGAGAUGGUCUCCACUGCAGUGUUAACAAUGGUGGGAGGUCUGAUCUACGAGGCAACACUAGCGAUAUUUCCGGGCUUUGUAUUCAUUGCACUCGCUAUCAUCCUACUCUUUGUUGCCGUGGCUCUGUUCAUCGCCAAACGAAUCUACGAUCGCAGGGCAGAAUGAAGGGCCGAUGAGAAGAUAUGUGCACCAGGCGACCUCCGUAUAAAUGCAUACUUAGAGUAAAGAUAUUUGGAGAUGUCGAAUAACGGGUAAAACGCCGAACAAAAUUGCACAUCCUAAUGACUAACCAUUUUAAUGGAAGAUCCUGGUUAUAAAACAACAUUGACAUCCGUAAAAAGGAAAUCCGAUUAACAAGAAUCUCUACAGGUCUUGUAAUAUUUCGCCUGUCGUCAUUAAUCAGUAAUACUUGACAUUUGAAAAUAAAGUACACAAUCGUGAAACAAAAUAGCAUGACAGUUUAAUGAUGUGUACCUGUUCAAAUUAUACGUGUGACAAAAUAAAUGCACGUUACAUGAUAAUACAUUUAACAUUUGCCAAGAUACGAUUUGUUAAAAGGAAUUUUGAUAAUUCUAUCCAAAUAACCUUCUUUGGAAAGUAUAAUUAUCUGACUUAAGUAAACCACGUUAACUGUAUCCGACCAUAAUCAUUGUUACUAUCCAUUACUGGGAUAUUGGAGAGUGAGUUAUCUCCGUUUCUGUUUUCAUUCUUUGUAAAUGAUAUUGUUGAUUGUCUUAAUUCAGACGGGCAACGUAAUAUCCAAUUAGGAAUGAUUGAACUUUUUAUUCCAAUGUUUGCAGAUGAUAUGGUCUUAUUCGAUAGUACAGUAGUGGGGUUGCAAAGACGCCUCGACAGAAUGGAGAUUUUUUGUCAUAAAUGGAAAUUGGCUAUUAAUAUAAGCAAAAGUAAAGUUAUUGUAUUUAGACGUAGUGGUCAUCUUAGAAUAUAUCAAAAGUUUUGGUUUGGCACUGACAUUAUAGAAAUUGUUCCUACGUUAGGUGUUCCUCUUUCAUCAUCUGGUAGUGGGUACUUUACACAGAAGACACUAGCUCUACAAGCGACGAAAUAUCUUCUCGCUUUAAAAUCAGGCUCAAGGGAUUUCAUGAAACUUCCUUAUGAUGUACUUUUACAAAUAUAUGUGAUGUCAAAAUACUACCUGUUGUUCUCUACUGCUCAGAGAUACGGGGUUUUCACCCGUCUCAGGAUGUCAUCAAUGUACAUGAUAGAUUCUGUAAGAAUAUUUUACAAUAUGGGAGAUUUGUCCCCAAAAUAGUUGCUUGUGGUGAGCUUGGACGUUAUUCACUUAAAGUCAAUCAACAUGUUCGUAUUGUCAAAGACUGGCUCCGACUUUUUUCUCAAAAAACCUAAUAUAAUCCUUAGCCAUGCUUAUUCAUAUCAAUACAACCUGGCAGAAAAAGGAAUACAUUGCUGGGCACUAAAGGUAAAACAACUUCUUUAUUCAUAUGGUUUGGGCCAUGUUUGGAAUAGUCAAGGAGUAAAUCAUAUUGGUUUUAUUGAUAACUUUAAAACAAUAUGUAUUGAUAUAGAUUACCAACAAUGGUCCAGCAGUUUAAGAACUUACUCAAAACUUUCUUUUUAUUCUUGUAUUAAGCAAUAUAAUGUAUUUGAAAAUUAUCUAGAUUGUAUUCCAGUAAGUGCCUAUCGUAUUGCUUUGAGUAGAUUUAGAUGUUCUGGUCAUACUUUGCAAAUUGAAAAUGGAAGGAAGUACAAUAUACCUAGAGCUAAGGGACUAUGUCCAUUUUGUGUAAGACCUGAAGUGGAAUCUGAAUAUCAUUUUUGUUCACAAUGUUCAUACCAUGACAGUUUGAGACGUAAGGUUCUACCUUAUUAUUUUUACACAAAUGUAACUGUUGAUAAAUUUGUAACACUCUGUACAUCUAAAACCCCAUGCAUAAUUCAUGCUUCAGCUAAAUUUAUAUUUCUUGCUUUUACAAAGCGUAAUAACUUUCUUACUGGCGCUGAAAUUGUCUUACACUGAUAUCAUGUAUUGUAUAAUGGGCCGGUGGCCCCUUUACUGAAAUUAAGCUCCCUCUCUCUCACUGGGAUA